GUUAUAUCCCUGUCGCCAACCUAAACGAGCACCAUAGUGACAUCGUCACGCUCGAGAUCAUUUAUUUCAACCACGGCAGUGUGUGCUCGUGAACGAGGUGUAGUGUGUCAAACUGUGGACAUGUGUAAAUGAAAACCUAGGCGGCUUCUAAGUCAAUGCUCGAAGACGGUACAGAACAUAAAACGAUGCCAGCAACAUUAUGCUUAUUAUUUUUAACAACAGGAGCUCAUUGGCCAUACGCCUGCCCGUUACAUCGAAGCGGAGAGCUCUCAGUUGCGUAAGAAGCAGAUUCACAGGGCCUCGACCCUUCUGCGAGCAUGGGCGGCCACGACAAGCAAGCAUGCGCUCUUUCGCCACCGGGUCGUCAACUCGGAUCUAUCUUGACGUGGGCUACCUGGGGACGCGAUUUUGUGGAUGGCAGGCACAGGAACUACGACAAUGGAAUACUGCAAGUCGUUCACCUCUGCGUCACCAACGGGAGCAGGAGAACAGCACCUCAAGAGAAGAACUCUGUCGAAAUUUCAACCGGCGUCGCGGAUGUCGGCUCGAUCGUUGCUCGAAGUUGCAUUUAUGCAGCUUCUGCGGGUCGGACGACCACGGCGCUUGGGAGUGUCCGGAGCGAAUGAUGAGCAGCGGCAGAGUAGAAGAUAGGUUUCGUUUCCGUGAUAGUUUCGCCAAUGAAAGCGGUUGCAAUAUAGCAGCUGAAAAAGGUACACAAACUCAUAGCCCUUGCUCGCUGCGCGUCAAGAAACCAGCUACUGGUGUGCUGCAGUCCGUGCAGGAAGUGGUGACGCAGUGGGUCCGAGAGACGUUGCGAGCAGGAACAAGCGGUGUCACCACGGCACGCCAAGUCCAUGGCAACAGAAGCGACCCAAUCGUGCACAGUCUGAGCAGAACGGAUCGCGGGGUCCACGCACUAUCGCAGUUGUGCUACUUCGACGUCAUCAACGCUUUUCCGCUGUACUGUGUUGAGCCGCAGGGUCUAGCAAGCAUUGAAACCAGGAAAACAAAUGAAACUGCAACCGGGCCUGCCGUCAGCGAAGGCGACAAGAAGAUGCCAACAAUUGUGGAGCUUUUGGUAAGCCAUUCCGGUGGCCUUUCUACAGCGGAUGUUUGGCUGAAUGGCGUACGAGAGGGCACAGAGCAGGAAAAGAUGCUGUUACCUCCGUUGCACCAAACCCGGAAAAGGGAACGAGCCCUAGAGCCACUGCGGGAAGUGUUCAAGCUUGAGGAACGAUCGCCACUGGACGAGCGCCACAGUAGUUCGCUUCUACCUGAACCUAGGAUAUAUUCGCAACAUGUUGGAAGAAAGCCGGGCGCUGCUGUUCAGACGGCUCGCGUUGUCUCGACUGACCUGGAAGCGCGAGACAACCCAAGGACUGCUCUGAAGCAAUACCGAUACUAUGUGCUUUUUCGCUUCGCUAGUGGCAAGGAAAACAUGGAUCGGCAGACUAGUACAGCGACGUCUUCUUUUUCUAAGGAACACUACCCUAGAAGGUCCGGCGUGGCCCGUGGCAGCAGGCUGACUGAAAAUUUUGAAAAUGAGACUUGCGAAAAAGUAGAAGGGGCGCUUUCAGAAUUGGAUUCGCUUUCCUUUCUUGAUGACAUGGAAGUCACCAGGGACGCUCGAGGAGACGUGCGCACAAAGUCGGAUGAUGCGUCGAUAUGGUGGAAGGUGGCUGGUGAAAAAGAUAAAUUACCCGAACCCACGAAUUCUACCUCUGCGACUAUUGAGGAUGUUGCGUGGGUCGUGGACCUGGUCGGGGAUGAGCUGUUUGAAGCUGACACCAGAAAUGCCUCUCGUAUUUCUCCCUUUUGCCUCGACUCGAUGUCGAUCGAGAAGUAUGCACGUGAGCAUCUGAUAGGGAAACGGGACUUUGCGCGAUUUGCGACGCCGGGAAACGCGGGUCGCCGGCGAAGAGAUUGUAAUCGGGUGGCAAGCAGGGGAAUGCACGACGAGCCAGCCGAAGGUGGGAGUUCUUCGCGUAAGCUCUCAGAUAGGAACACGACUCGCACUCUGCACGAAAUUUGCGUCCUAUCCAAGCGGCAAUCUUCUGGAGAUGCAGACGAAGACGCCGAGACGAAGAGUCUGUGCUUAGAAUUCCGGUUUUUUGGAGAAGGGUUCUUGCGCCACAUGGUCCGGAAAAUGGUUUGGCACCUGCUAGAGGCGGGCUUGGCCGGUGCUUCGAAUUACUUGCGUGACACGGUACUACUUCAUCCUUCCUCAACUGGUAAAAGAUUUUUGCCUGCCUCGUCGCGAGCUGAAAGCGAGAAAAUCGCGCCACCGCAGGGCCUGUGGCUUUGGGGCAGGACCGAAUGGCCGAGGGCGACGACUUCAUUGUUUUGCAGCGAAAAACCGACUGACCCAAAAGUGACUAUGGCCUAUCAAGAAUGAAAUGCACCCGUAAAUGCGGCAAAAUGCCAUUUUUACAUUGGCAUUAUUUCCUGGACGCAAAGUUCUGUGAGCUGAAAGCGUUCGCGUGUUUUUUGGCAUACGGUAUCAGUGUACUACGAUUCCCAUUUCCCGAUCGCAAACGAGUUUUGUGGAAGUUGAUGUUGGCGUCCUGAUUCUGUGCGCAAGCUGCAGAGUUUAGAGUGUUUCCUCUACAUGUCAGAACUAUGCC